AUGGAAGCUAUAUCUAAUAUCCUUCAUCAAUAUGGAUACGAAUUCGUGAAGGUUCUGUAUAAUGGACAUUCCUCUCAGAUACUUCUUAUCAAAUGCCUGAAUUAUCACCAAACUUACAUUUGCAAAGUUACUCAUGACAACCCCAAAGAUAGAUCUAUCAACGAAUCUUAUAGCAGAGAAGUCGAUGCAUUGCUUGCUUUGGACCAUCCCAACAUUGUUCGCAUUUUUGACGCAUUUAGGAAAGAUUUAUACCUCUUUUUAAUAAUUGAGUAUUGUAGCCAGGGAACGUUAAAUCAAUUCAUUGGCUCAACACAAAAAUUACGUGAUACACAACUCAUGACUUAUGCGCGUGACCUUAUCAGUGCCCUCUGUGCAAUGCAUUCAAGAGGAUAUUCUCAUGGAAACAUCCAGCCUUCAAAUAUUUUACUGGAUGAAACAGGAUCUAUCAAACUACGUGAUUUUGGUUCAGCACGCGGCACAUCUUCUGUAGAAACUGACCAAAAUUUAAUCGUAAAAUUUUAUUCUGCUCCAGAAAUAUCGUAUUCAUCAAUUUACGAUCCAUUUAAAGCAGAUGUAUGGUCACUUGGAGUUACUCUGUACUCAAUUGCUUCUGGAAGAUCAGUUUUCAGUUCAAAGAAUAUCAACUACUGUAUUCAUGAGCUUAGAAAUGGACGAGAUCAUUUAAUUUACAUUUCACGAACAAUGAGGACUGUAAUAAACGCUUGCUUGACUAAAAAUCCGGCUGAAAGACCUACAAUUUACGAAGUAAAGCGAAUGCUAGAAACUGUCCGCUUAUCAAAGAGAGCAUUAUGCAACUCCCGUAUUCAAUCUGGCGUUUUGGCAUCAAGUGCCAAGUCAUCACUGACAGAUACUGCCAAAUUUAUUGCUCAAAAGAAUAGGAAUAGCUAUUCUGGCUGGUAA